CACGCCGCUCCCUCGUCCCCAUCACUCUCUGCUUACACCACUCGUACACACACUAACCACUCUGCUGCACUCGCCGCCGGUCUCCUCUCCCAUGGCGUCCGGCCAUUUCCAAGUGGAAGCGGCGCUGCUGAUGCUUCCGCUGCUAAUGCUGGUGCUCAACUCGGGCGGCAGCGGCAGCGCUGCUGGUGCGGUGGUGCCGGCGGUGAUCGUGUUCGGCGACUCGACGGUGGACACGGGCAACAACAACCAGAUCGGCGCGACGCUGCGGUCCGACUUCCCGCCCUACGGCCGCGACAUGCCGGGCGGCGCCCGCGCCACGGGGCGGUUCGGCAACGGGCGGCUGCCUCCGGACUUCAUCUCCGAGGCGCUGGGCCUGCCGCCGCUCGUCCCGGCGUAUCUCGACCCGGCCUACGGCAUCGGCGACUUCGCGCGCGGCGUCUGCUUCGCCUCUGCCGGCACCGGCGUCGACAACGCCACCGCCGGCGUCCUGGCAGUGAUCCCGCUGUGGAAGGAAGUGGAGUACUACAAGGAUUACCAGCUCCGCCUGCGCGCGUACGCCGGCGCCGAGCGCGCCCGCGCCAUCGUCCGCGGCGCGCUCCACGUCGUCAGCAUCGGCACCAACGACUUCCUCGAGAACUACUACAUGCUCGGCACGGGCCGCUUCGCCGAGUACACGGUGGCUGAGUUCUCCGACUUCCUCGUCGCCGGCGCGCGCCGCUUCCUGUCGGAGAUCCACCGCCUCGGCGCGCGCCGCGUCACCUUCGCCGGGCUCGCCCCCAUCGGCUGCCUCCCGCUGGAGCGCGCCGAGAACAUGAUCCACGGCGGCGGCUGCAUCGAGGAGUACAACCGGGUGGCCAGGGAGUACAAUGCCAAGGUGGAGGCCAUGCUGGGGGCACUCCGCGCCGAGCUCCCGGACCUCAGGCUCGCCUACGUCCCCGUCUACGACACCAUGCUCGACCUCGUCACCAACCCGGCCAAGUUCGGGCUGGAGAACGUGGAGGAAGGGUGCUGCGCCACGGGGAGGUUCGAGAUGGGGUUCAUGUGCAACGACGAGGCGCCCAUGACCUGCGCCGAUGCCGACAAGUUCCUCUUCUGGGACGCAUUCCAUCCGACGCAGAAGGUGAACCGGAUCAUGGCCAACCACACGAUCGACAUCUGCUACCAGCAAGGCCUCCUCUGAAUGUGUGAUCCACGAUCGUACAACUAGAAACGCAUUGAUCCACUGACUAUUUUGUGGAGUGAGAAAUUGUUUCAUGCAUGGGGCGGAUUCAAUUCAGAAGGAACUUGUCGCGCCUGCAAAUGACAGCACUUCGACUUCUGCAGCGGACUGAAGGAGUGCAAGUUCAGUCUGAACUUAACCGAGCUUGCAACACCCUGCGUGGUGAUCUAGGCCUUGGGCCUUGUAAGCGAGUCGUGCUGGGCUAGGGUUGGGCCCAUGUAGCCAGCUUUAUGUA